AUGCAGUGCAUCGAGACGCUCAGAUCGACUCUGGACCACCUCAACGAGGAUAAAGGGUUGAGUUACGUUCUUCUUCUGGUAAAUUCCUCUGACGGACAAGCGGAAGUCAUCAGCUCGGAUGAGCUCCAAGAAGCUUCCGAGGUAUUGCAAACAUAUAUACAAGAGAACCCUGUUCAUUGUACUGACCAAGAGCUUGAGAAGUGCUCUGGUUCAGACUCGUUUGAGAGCACUCAUCAGACUUCAGAUUCUCUUUUGAGGUGUAUGGUUGAUCUGGGAAAGCCGGAAUCGGUGACUUUGUAUUUGCAACUAUGUUUCAAAGCUAUCCAGCAAUCCCAGUGCAAGGUGAUCGCAAAGUCGUGGAUCAGAGCAGCUGAGCCCAAGAAACAGGCUCGGUAUCCCUACAAAAGCGGCGACCAAUCAAAACCACCUUGGUGGCCCCAUCAUGUAAGACACAAGGAGCCGGAUCACCUUCUCAAGGAAGAAAGAACAGACGUAAUGAUAGCCCUGUGUCGCACUCAUGUUAGUCAGCUACCACAGCUCAAGGCCGCUUCCCAAAGAGGUAUAAAGAUGAGUCGGUACAAAUGGCAGGUCAUGGAUGAGUUAUUCCGGGUAAUUGAGGCGGAAGCAAGAUUCAAAGAUCAGGGAAUUGGACCGUCCAACAUCGAAGUGUUGAGCCUUGAUAUGUUAAAGCCUAAGAGGAGGAGAGUCGGUGAGGCUGAAAGUUUGCCUUUCCGUUCUCCAAGACGGGUUUUAAGAAAGAUUCCCAUUGAACCCAGCCUAACAACAAGCUCUGAUGAAAGCUUUUUCCAGGACGCUUCCAACGUUUUGAGAUUCGAAAGAUUGCCUCCAAUAGGAUAUUUCAAGACCCGGGCAAACCCCAGUGCUGCCUCCAAUUUCGAGGAGUUUAAAGAUUUUGUCAACCUGACGGGAUCGUCUCCCCGAAGCGACAUCAACAAUUCGCCCAGAGACCGUGAAUUAGGCGAAGAUGCCAGAAUCGCCUUGGGGACACUUUCCACUAAUAGGAGCUACUCGACCAUGUCAAAAGUGCUGGGGUCGAAGACCGAUGAUGACCUUAAUAGAUUCUACAAUACCGAGGCACCGCUGACUUCCAAAGUGCAUGAGACAUUUUCCAGUAUUCGAAAACCCAAGAAGUUUUUGCCCUUCAGAGAAUGA